AGCUACUCUAGUGAUAUAAAAGUUCUCUUGACCCAAUCCACUAGCUUAAAUGUUUCGAUUAAAACAACCUAUAUAAAUUUGGUUUUAAAUUCUCGUACUGCAGAAACUCAACGUCAAAAACGACUUGAAUGGUGUAUUUAUCGGCGAAACUGUACAAUAAAGCAGAUAAUGGGGGAGGAGUAUCGAUUUACAAUAUUUGGUAGUGAUGGAUGA